AUGUUCAAGCUUUGCCAGACCAAUUGCACUUGUGAAGACUAUCUACCGGACCAUAUCUGGAAGACCAACGGCCAUUGA